CUUUCACGCUAGAGCGGCGCCGGACUGCGGUAUAUAUAGUGUGUGGACGCAGCCCGUAGGCAGAGUUCAGCAGCUGCAACAGCCGACAACCCUCAUUGCCGACCAUGAAGUGCCUGAUUGUCCUGAGUGCGGUGCUGGCCGUGGCUGUGGCCAAGCCCGGCUUCUUGGGAGCCGGAAUCGUGGGCGCCGGUCUGGCAGCCCCGGCCUACGCGGCCGCCCCCAUCGCCGUGCCGGCCAUCCCACAGCCUCCGGCCAACAUCAUCAUCGGCCCCGGCGGACACCCCCUGGACACCCCUGAAGUGGUUGCCGCCCGCGGCGCGCACCUCACCGCCGUCGCCCAGACACAGGCCCGCGACGCCAUCGUCAACUCAGCCGCCAUCCUCGCCGCCCCCGCCGCCAUCGCCGCCCCCGCCGCCAUCGCCGCCGCCCCCGCCUACGCGGUCGGUCCCCCCGCGCUGGUCGGCGGCCUCGCCCCCUCGAUCGCCGCCCUGGGCCCAGCGGUGGCUGGCGCCCCUGGAGCCCUGGCUGCCGCCGCCCACCUGCAGGCCAAGGCUGCCCUGCUGGGCUGAACUCGACAACACCGUCCUCUGCUGUCCACCGACUGACCAUUUACAAGUAUUUAGGGCUUCUGCAAGAGCGCCAGCACUGAGACUACAGAUCAUUUUGUACAUAGAUAUUUAUAAAUAAAUAUGCAAAAAUAAAUGGAAUUACCAUCAUACACAA